GAAGGGGCGGGUGUGCGCCUGCGCAGUGUUGGGCGGACACGAACGGAGCGAGACCCCGAGACCGGCCAACGUCCCCCGCGNACCCGCCAGAAUGCCUGGACUAAGCUGUAGAUUCUAUCAACAUAAAUUUCCAGAGGUGGAAGAUGUAGUAAUGGUCAAUGUUAGGUCCAUUGCUGAAAUGGGAGCAUAUGUCAGCUUACUGGAAUACAACAACAUUGAAGGCAUGAUCCUCCUUAGCGAGCUGUCCAGAAGACGUAUCCGCUCCAUAAACAAACUCAUCCGCAUCGGCAGGAAUGAAUGUGUUGUGGUUAUAAGGGUUGACAAAGAGAAAGGCUACAUUGACUUGUCAAAAAGAAGAGUUUCCCCAGAAGAGGCAAUCAAAUGUGAAGACAAGUUCACAAAAUCAAAGACAGUUUACAGCAUCCUUCGUCAUGUUGCUGAGGUGUUGGAGUACACUAAGGAUGAGCAGCUGGAAAGUCUAUUCCAGAGAACUGCCUGGGUGUUUGAUGACAAAUACAAAAGACCUGGAUAUGGCGCUUAUGAUGCAUUCAAGCAUGCAGUCUCAGAUCCUGCAAUCCUGGAUAGUCUAGAUUUGACAGAAGACGAGAGGAAGGUGCUGAUUGACAACAUAAAUAGACGACUGACACCACAGGCAGUGAAAAUUCGAGCAGAUAUUGAAGUUGCCUGUUAUGGUUAUGAAGGCAUUGAUGCAGUGAAAGAAGCUCUGAGGGCUGGCUUGAAGUGUUCGACAGAGAACAUGCCCAUCAAAAUUAAUCUGAUAGCGCCUCCUCGUUACGUGAUGACCACCACAACACUGGAAAGAACUGAAGGCCUCUCCGUUCUGAAUCAAGCCAUGGCUGUCAUUAAAGAAAAGAUUGAGGAGAAGAGGGGAGUUUUCAAUGUGCAGAUGGAGCCUAAGGUAGUUACUGACACAGAUGAGACUGAACUUGCAAGGCAGCUGGAAAGGCUGGAGAGGGAAAAUGCUGAAGUGGAUGGAGAUGAUGAUGCUGAGGAAAUGGAAGCCAAAACUGAAGACUAAAAAUGUUGUGGGAUGAGUACAAUUUAAGGAUGAAAAAUUAAGGACCCAGAUACAGACACCAUGGACUGAAAUUUUCCAGUAUUGAAAACUCCAGAAGCAAAUACUUCCAAGUAUUUGACUAUUUGAACAGACCAAUGCAUAAAAUCCUGUAUAAAAUAGAGCUGCUUUAUACAGCAGGUUGUACAAAUUGAAUUUGUCAGAAAAAGGUGCCUGUUGUCACUAGAGACUCGAACUCUGUGGGCCAGAGAGGGGCCACAGACCUGCUUUAACAGUUUCAUAUCUAACAGCUCCAGACUAGGAGCUGUUUACAGCUCCCUGUGUCUGAGUGAGGCUUCCUGGGAACACCAAAACCAGGCAGUCUUCACCUUUCUGCAUAGAAUGUAUUCAAGCAAAUAAUCAAUAAAUUUCUGGAAUAUUUCACUUCAAGAUUUUUUUUUUCUUGUCACAUGUUCUUGAAUGUAGGGUCGUCAAGGGGGGCAGUGAAAGGGUGACUUUCUAUCAUGGCAGCAAUUUGUUUAAAUUUAUACAUCU